AUGCCAGAUAUUCACGCUUUCGUGUCGGGGUCGACCAACGACUCAGAUUUGAGGUCUCUGUACAGAGAUCAGUUGCCAUCUCUGUCUCUAGAAGAAAAGGCUUCUCUGCUUUCUGGUCGUGACCAGGUCAGUGAUUCGAUCAACGGCGUUCGUGGUUCCCAAUCACACCUUGAAGACACUGGAACUGCUUGCUUCCCAAACUCGACCUGUCUUGCAUCAACAUGGAACACCAGUCUGAUGAGAGAAUUUGGUCGUGAAGUUGCCAUACAAGCCAAAUCGAAAUCAGUCCAAGUUGUGCUGGGCCCCAACAUCAAUCUUCAUCGUGACCCACGAGCUGGCCGCAAUUUCGAAGCAUUUAGUGAAGAUCCUCUUGUCACUGGCGAACUGGCCGCUGCUAUUGUCAAUGGAAUCCAGUCAGAGGGCGUGGGUGCCUGUAUCAAACACUUCGUCGCCAACGAAAGCGAGACAGUCCGCAGACGCUACAAUGUCGAUGAGUCGGGUGACAGUAGGACUAUGCGGGAAAUUUACUUGCGCGCAUUUCAGCACUUGUUGCGCCGAGCCAAUCCGGUCUCAAUCAUGACAGCCUACAACGCGCUUGACGGCCAUUUCUGCAGCGAGACACCCCUGCUUAAGUCAUUGCUUCGCGACGAUUGGAAGUACGAUGGCUGUAUUAUGUCUGACUGGUAUGGGACUAAAAGUACAAACCUGGCUAUGGAGAGGGGGCUUGACCUGGAGAUGCCCGGACCAUCUGUGUACCGUGGCUCAAGACUAGUCGAGGCGGUUAAAUGCAAAGAAGUUUCCGAGGAAACACUCAAUGCCGCCGUGAUGAAUGUUUUGACAAUGAUCGAUCGCACCGCCUCCAGUCACAGUGAUAAGGAGGAAGAAUCCUUGAUUUGCGAUCAGACCAGCGAGAUGGCAUUAAGAGCUGCAGCAGAGGGAAUGGUACUCCUCAAAAACGAUAACAGCAUUCUUCCACUUGACAUGAGUGGUGAUAUGAAGGUGGCUCUAAUUGGUGCUGCGGCUGUCAACCCAUCUGUCACCGGUGGAGGUAGCGCGUGCGCCAAACCUCAAUAUAUCCGCACACCCUUGAAAUGCUUCCAAGAUGCGAGUCAGGAUUGUAACCAGAUCUCCUUUGCUCCUGGUGUCAACGCUCAUCGUGUUAUACCUCUAAUGCCCGUCAGCAUGAUGCAAACUCGUGAUGGCCUUCCUGGUAUUAGUGUGGACUAUUUCUUGGAUGGCUCUGCCGUGCCUGUUUAUUCCGAGAAUUCCGAGCAGCCUGUUGUGGUAAUGCUUGGGAAGUUGAAGCCAGGUUUGAGCCAAAGUGGAUUCCAUUUCGUCAUGGAAACCACUUUUACUCCAAACAACAGUGGGAAUCACACGUUGGCUGUGCAAGCUACGGGCGAAUUCACAUUAUCUGUGGAUGGAAUUCAGGUGCUUUCAAGCCCUGCUCCAGUUAUGACAGUGGAAGAUUUCUUAUUUGAGCCUAAAAAAUUGGAAAACAAGAUUCAGUUCCAGAUGGAGGGCCAUAAGCCUUACAGAAUUGCUUUGCGAACCCAUUCUCGCGAUAUUGCGUCACCCGACGGGGAGAUCUCGCCUCAUUCGGCGAAAAUGUGCUUCAUGGAGGAGCACAACGAUCGCGUAGCCAUCGCCGAGGCAGUGAGUGUUGCCGCUCGUUCCGAUGUCAGCGUGAUCUUCGGUGGGCGCACACACGAGCAUGAGUCUGAAGGGUUUGACCUUCAGACCCUGGAACUGCCCGAGAGUCAAGUCCGCAUGAUCAAAGCAGUCGCUAGUGUAUCCAAGAAAACUAUCCUUGUCAUGCAUUGCGGGAACCCUAUUGAUGUCUCUGGAUUUGUUGAUGAGCUCGACGGAAUUAUAGUAGCUCAUUUCCCAGGACAAGAAGGCGCUCAAGCUAUCGUCGACAUCAUCACUGGGAAGACAAACCCUAGUGGAAAACUGCCCACCACGUGGCCUAUGCGGCUGGAUGAGAGCUCGGUUCCGUCGUUCGGAAGCUUCCCAGCGAGGGAUGUUGGUAACGGACCCGUUAUUCGAUACCGCGAAGGUCUACAAAUGGGCUACAGAUCACCCACUAGCGCAUCUGCCAUCCGCUGGCCCUUCGGAUAUGGCUUAUCUUACUCCACUUUUGAGUAUAAUAAUUUGGACGUCAUUCCUCACCAUUCAAUCGGCGGAGGACUCGCCCCCCAAAGCUCAAAAGGGAUGGUCAUUAUCGCCGUGGACGUUCAAAACACAAGCGCAAGGGGCGGCUACGAGGUUGUCCAGGCUUACAGUCACCCUCCUCUCCAUGCGAUGAUCUGGAGACCGCGGUCGGAGCUGGUCGCGUUCACCAAAGCAUGGCUUGAGCCGAAUGAGACUAAGCGGAUUGAACUUUCAGUCUCCCAGCGAGACAUCAGCGGCUAUUGGGAUAGUGUGGCGAAAUGCUGGCGGUCUCUCAAUGGCCAUUACAAAAUUACUACAGGGGGCUGUGCAGCUUCUCUGCAGAUAGAGGAUAUUGAAACUUGGAAUGGCCUUUGA